GUGUGAGUCAUGGUGGAAAAUUCGAGGCAAGCGUACCGAUGCGCAAAGAACAAGCAUAAGCGAAGAAGAUAAAGAUAUCGAUUAAAAUUUCUGCUACAAAAAUAAAUAUAUAUGUAACGCAUAUUGUAAAUGUCCUAAGUUAAGUGAUAUAAAUCAAAUAUUUGUGUAAAGUUUAAUAUUUUAAUACGCGUCGAAGUACAACGAGUGAGGCUACAGAAAAGCACACACUAAAGUGAAGUACUUGGCGAGCGAAAAUAACGGAAAUCGAAUUCGAAAUAAACGCUGCGCAAUAGACGGUGGUGUACAUAAGAGUUUAACAAAAUCCGAAUCAGAAUCAGUUGAAAGUGUGAUUUUUUUGAGCCUUUGUCUGUAAGUGAAGAGAAAGCUUUAAGCGGAAUUACAUCUAUAUAUAUAUAUAAAUAUAUAAAUACGAAGCCAGCCCGUCGCCAUUUUGAAAGUGAUUUUACAAUACACACACACACGUAUAUACACAGCUGCGAACACAUACACAUAUAACCCCAUAUAAAAUCCGAAGUAAAGAGCAAAAAAAACGCAAAACAAACCAAUUCCCGCAACAUUUUAAAGUGAAACAUCUAGAUCAAGGCAACUUUUAACCCAAACUCAACCCAUUUUGUAUAUAACGCUUGUCGAAAUAUCGGAAUCUGUAUAACGAAGUGGCUGAGAAAACUGCGACACACAAACGCACGCACGCUCGUUGGUGUGAGAAGGUCUACGGCAAAAAAGAUCAGCACGGCUUGGAAUGCGAAAGCAGCAGUUGAAUCAGCGAAGAACAGAGAAGAGUUUGCGAAAUUAUAGCUAAGGAUAGCUUAACCGGAGUAAAAGAGAUAAAUCAACAGACUGAUAAACAAUACAUAACGUUACAAGUAAAACUAAAUAAAGUAAAGUAAACAGCAGCUGUACAUAAAACAUAAAGGCGAGACCCACAACGAGGAGAAGUGGAAAAGCAGCUACGUGCUCGGCCGCCCGUCGCCCUUUUCGUUUCCCUUUUGGAGGUCAUCUCAACUUCGGCGACUAUCAGCAACCAAAGAAAACAGAGCGGCGCAGCUAGAUCAACAUCUCAAUAGCAAUAGCAGCAGAAGCAGAAGGCGUUUGGUUUCGAUUUAUAAAGAAUUGAUUUAAGUGCGUGUGAUAUUUAACGUUAAGCAUUAAUUUAGCGAAUUAACCAAAAACAAAAAGGCAAAACAGCAGAAAUUUUAAUAAGAGGAAAGUGAUCCAGAGAGAUUAACAGAAGAGGAGAGCAGAGCAGAGAUAUCGAUCCAGAGAUCGUUAAGCGACGAAAUUACUAUGACAUACUCGCACAAUAGCGUUAGGAACAACAUCAGAAUGACAACCGCAUCGGCCACCAAGUCCAUACGAUUAAAAAAGGGAGCAGCAUCAACGACCUCCGCAUCCAACUCAUCCACCCCCUCGCCCACAUCCGCACCCGUCUCCCCCACAUCCGUAUCCGCAUCCGCACCAGCAACGCCCUUGGUAACUGCACAUUCCAACAGUAUUGCCAGCAGUACAAAUAACGCCCAUUUCCUGAGCUCCUCGCCCACGAGUCUCGGUCUUGGCCUGGGUCUAUCCGCCCUUGCCACACCCCCCAACCAGAGGCAGCGGCAACUCCAGUCCCAAUCCCAGUCGACCGGAUCCAAGAACAAGCAUCAGCAGUCGCAGCAGCGCCAGUCGCCGCAGCAGCAGCAGCAGGGUGGUGGAGGCUUCUUCUUUGCCAACAACAACCGGAGGAACGGAGGAGGACGUUCGCCCCAGGGAGCUAUGCAGGUGCGACAGUCACCGGCCACCAUUUUGGGUGGAGGCUUCUCGCCGGGAAUCGUCGGAGGAUCGGCCCGCAAGCAGAGGAAGAGCCCCUCGUUGGGCGGAAAGAUAUCGCCCCAGCACCAGAUGCAGCAGCAGCAGCACCCACUCAUACCCACCGCACUGACGCAUUUCGCGGGCAGCAAGUGCUUCGAUGCACCAGCUCCAACGGCGCUGCCCAAGCCUCCCCAGCACUGGACACUGUCCAGGUCGGAGGGUAAGCUUCCCAUGACGAUGCCGUCGAUGCCCAAGUUCCAGGUGCCGAUGCAGACAGGCCGCUCGAAGCGGAAUCUCCUCGAUGACUUCGACACGCACAACCUGAAGCUGCUGCUCAAUGUGCAGUCGUAACCACACUGGUGCUGGAGGAUCAGUGUCUGGAGCAGGGAGGCAGGAAGAGGAUCUGGAUCUAGAGCUGGAUCUGAAGAUGGAUCUGGAGGACCGACAUGAAUGGCUAGAACACCCGGUGGACCCCGAACCCGUCAAUGAGUUGCAAAAAAAUCGAAAUGAACAUAAAACCAACAAAAAAAAUUAACAAAAACAUAAAACAAAAAAUGGAAAAUGAAAAAACCUUUACAAAAAAAGCGAAAACAUUUCAACUGGAAAUUUGAACUUUUUUAAACAAAAACAAAAAAAAAACAAGAGUAAUGUUUGUGAUCUCAAGUGUGUAUCAUAAAACAAUUAAACCAAUUUGAGAAGCUAUAAAGGGAGAAGAAAAAAACUGUUUCAAGGAAAACUGAAAGUAAACAAACUACAAACACACAAACAACUGUCCUCACACAACCGACCGACAAAUGAACAUCAACAACGACAAUGAGAACAAAUAAACAC